GCUGCCAGGAUUCGUUCCCUCCACAUGCUGGCGAGAUGCCACGUUAUAUCAGCUUCGAGCAGACGUUUGCUGUGACAGUGAAAACAUUGAAAAUAAUUGGAUUUCCAUCAAGCUUGAAUCCUUACCCGGAGGAAUUUUCCACAGCGGCCAAAUUAAAUGCGUACUUUGUUGUGAGCUUCCUUUCACUCUCGUACUGCGUGCUCGGUCAGUGCGUUUACGUUUGGAAGGAGACCACCGAGAAGAGGUCCGAAGGCGUGGCCACUCUGAUGGAGGAAGUGGCCACCCAAAUCGCCUGCACCGGAUUCUGUGUGAUUGGACUGCAGAAGAUGUUUGUGUUGGCUUAUCACAGGAACAGGCUGGCGCGGAUUCUAGCGGAUUUCCACGCUGAUUGGAAGGAGAAGGAACGCAUUCCUACCCAGCGGGACUUCUGCCAGAGGAAUCUCCGGUCGACAGUAACCAUCGCCACCUGCGCUGCCAUAAUGAACAUCGUCAUGGUUUCGGCCUUCAAUUUCCUGCCCAUUCCGGAGAUGAUUUUUGCCGCUAGCCGUUCCGACGUAUGGAAACGUCAGCUGCCCUACAAAAUAUGGUAUCCAUGGGAUUCGACCAAGGGCUGGAUUUACUACCUGAUGUACACGUUCGAAGUGUACGCCGGACUCAUCGUGGCGAUUGGAAACGUGACGUUCAACUGUAUUUUUUGCUUGGUCGCUGCUCAUCUCUCGGUACAACUGAAUCUGCUAGCCAAAUCACUGGAAGGCAUCAUUGCGGGAGAGCCCAGCGAGUGGGGUGUCGUGGAGGAUAAACGAUUAAGCUUGGCCUCUGCCGUCGAACGACACCAGAAACUUUUAGGCUACAAACACUCGCUGGAGACCAUCUUCAGCUUCACAAUCUUUAUUGUUUUCGCUAGCGCCUCAAUCAUAAUCUGCUUUCAAGGAAUCAUGAUGACGACCUCGACGGCUUACAUUGUGGCAAAGUUUUUACUAUUCUUCAUUUGCGUGCUGCUGGAGAUCUUCUUCCUCUGCCAUUACGGGAAUAAAAUUUUACGAAGUAGUGAAGAUGUCGGAAUCGCUGCGUACAAAUGCCUCUGGUACCAGGUGGAACGGGGUGGCAAUGCGACCUUCCGCAAGGAUUUAAUUCCGGUGAUUGUGCGGGCCCAGAAACCAAUGGUGCUAAUGGCGUGGAAGUUCUGGCCGAUUACCAUUAAGACAUUUGGGAUGGUGCUGAAUGCGUCAUACUCGUACUUCACCCUGCUAAGAACUGUUUACAAAUGAAGCUGUUCAAUGUAUCAAGUGAAUCGGUGAAACGGGCGACUACUCACAAAUAACUAUUUUUUAUUAAGCCGU